CAGAGGCUGGGGGCCUGCGGGUCCCUGACCCGGUGAGCAGACUGAGACCAAGCAGGAGGGCAGCAGGUGGAGGUGACAAGCAGGCCCUGCCUCCCCGAAGGCCUCACGGGGCGGUGCUGAUGGCUGUGAGCGAGUGAGUGACUCACCCCUCCUCGAAGGCCUCGGCUAUUUAACCUCCCCUGCCUGGCUGUCACAAAGGAAUUUGGCUGUGCGAGGAGCAGGGGCCUCACCUAUUGCCCGUCCUCACUGGGCAGACGUGGGCACAGCCAUGGCGGUGCCCACCUCACCGUGGCACCACUACCUGCAGGCCGUGCGGUCGCGGCAGGCGCCCCGCGUGCAGGACUUCCAGCGGGCAGAAGACGUGCUGCUGGCCGUGUUGGAGCGCGUGCAGGCCCUGGACGCCCGUUUCGUGGUGGACUACUCCCGCGAUGCUGAGGCCUUCCAGUUCGCCCUGCGCUCUUCGGACGACCCGCUGGACAUGCAGGUGCCCCUGCGGGUGGACGCUGAGGCCCUGCUCACCGAGGAGCCCGAUGCCCCCGAGCUGGAAGACGGCCCCGCUCGCUGCCGCCUGGGCAUCCCCAGGGAAGCAGCUGGCCUGGAGCGCUGGAUGGCAGAUGAUGUCUUCAGCGCAGCGUCCUCGGAGGACGGUGCUGAGGGCCGCGGCCACCUGGUGCCCGGCAAGGUCCUGAGUGUGCUCAAGGAGCUGCUAGUGGCUGCCAUUGUACACUGCCGGCACCACAGUCUCAUCCCGCCAGGUUCCCUGAGUGCGGCCAGCCUGAGGGAGGAGCAGCUGCACUUGUCCCUGGUGGUGUCUGGUGGCUGGAGGAAGAUCCGCUUCAAUGUGGUGCCUGUGGUGAGGAAGGGGCACUGGGAGCCUGCCCUGGAGGGUGCCCACCUGUCGCCCGGAUUCCCUGAGGGCAGCCUGGACCGCAUCCUGGGCCAAGGGCUGGACCUGGUGCCGGCCAGUGCCCAGGACUGGAGCACCUCCACAGACUACCUGCUCACCAGGCUGCUUCAGGUUCUGGGCUCCCUCCCUGGCCACCGGCUGGACGGACUCUGCAUCUUGGACCGGGUGAGCCAUGAGAGCUGGCGGAACGGUGGCCAGAGCCCGGGCUUGACCUUCAGCCACCUCAAGGCCGUACUGCUGUGGGCCUCGGCACUGUUCCCCUCCCCUGAGGACUGGGCGGACCUGCAGGGUGCUGUGUACCGCCUGUUGGUGGUGCUGCUGUGCUGCCUGGCUACCCAGCAUCUGCCGCACCCGCUGUGGCCCCGGCUCAACCUGCUGCCCACCAGCGGCCUGGACCUGCAUGCCCUGUACCAGCGUGUGGAACGCUUUGCCAGCCAGCCGGAGGCCUCACUACGCCUCCACGCUACCCAUCUGGGCCGUUGCCCGCCACCGCGCCUCGAUCACGGCAUUAAGGCGCUGCUGCAGCUGCCUGCCAGUGACCCUGCCUACUGGGCCACUGCCUACUUUGACGUCCUGUUGGACAAGUUCCAGGUCUACAACAUUCAGGACAAGGAGCGGGUGUCAGCCAUGCACAGCAUCUUCCGCAAGACCAAGGCGCUGGGCGGCGGGGAGAGCUGAGGACCGGCCCUGGCUGGGACACAGGGUCUCAGGGCUUGGGGACCACUGGUUCGGUCCUGAGUAAAAAACACAUACCCCA